ACCUGAAGCUGGGUUUGGUUCCUUGCUUCUGUCACUGACUCUCCUCAGAGCGAUGGGAGGGACAGACAGACAGACGGAUGGACAGACAGCCAAACAAGGAAGUGCUCCCCUAUAGAUUGUCUUAUCACUCAUAAGAGGCUGCAGCAAUCCUUCCUUCCUUCCAGCAUGACAGACAUCUUAUAUUCUGACCGGCUACAUCAGGACACGCCUUUUCUGACAAGCAACAGGCAACUGACUGAGCGGAUUCUGGACAGGAUUAUUUUGCAGCUUAAUCGCGUCUAUCCUCAGGUUCUGUCAAACAAGGAGGCUGAAAAGUUUAGAAGUCUGAAAAUUCCUGUGCGUACCCGGCUGGUUGACCUGUUGAAGCAUCUCCAGAAAAAAGGGGAACGAGAAUGUCAGGAGUUCUACAGGGCUGUGCAGAACAAUGCAGACAAGGUUUAUGCCUCGUUGCCAAGUAGAAGCAGCCUGAAUGCCUCCGAUCUUGUAGAAAUCUCUCCAGACCAGGAGAAAAUUCUCCUCAAUGACAGAGGGCCUGUCUUCUUCCUGGCAUGCUUCAGUGUUGCUGCAGGAUUGGCCUUUUUAAUGUAUUACAAUGACUCAGAGAUAAAGUCUACUGGUACUGCCAGAAGGGUUUUUGGAUAUUCUGCCCUUGGGUUCGGACGGCACGUCAGAAAUAUCUUAAUAUCGUACCUGGAGGAUGCAGCAAUCAGCUACUAAAAGCAGGGAUGUCUGUGUUACAUACUUGAAAUGCACUACGUAUUAUACCAAAAAUAAGGCCUUAUUUAAGUGAAUGAAGCUACAGUAUGUGCAGUACUCCAUAGCAAUCACUUUGCGUCUAUCCUUCAGUGGAUUGAUUGGUUGCUAUGAAUGACGGUGCAUCAAUGUUCUGUGCACUGAUUUUAGGUGCUAAGAUCGUUACAUGUCCAGGGUGUUUAAAUUAAACAUUAGGCCUUGUGCCCUUCCAAGGCAAGGGUGUUCAUGUGUGCUAAGAGUA